UUUUUUUUUUUUUUGAAUUUGUUCCUAUAAAUUUAACUUUGAUUCUAUAGACGACUUCAACAAUUAAGUGUAUAUAUCUUCAUUUUAUUUAAUGAAAUCAACUUUAUUUUAUCUUGCAACACUUUUAUUAACAUCAGUUGCUACUGCCGAUACAAUCCAAAAAAUCCCUUUAUAUUAUAAACGAUCCAGUAAACCCGAUUAUGCACUAGGCGAGGCCGAAAAUUUACAAAAUGGAAUGCUAGGUGGCGUUGUUGAGAUUGGUAACCCACCUCAAAAGCUUAUCAUGGCAUUUGAUACUUCCUCUGGAUUUUCUUGGGUACGCGAUAUUCAUUGUGACACUAAAGACUGUCGAUGUCGUGAAGCAUAUAAUCCUAGAAACUCAACGACAUCUAUCUCUACUGGUCGAUCAUUUGAAAUGGAUUAUGGUAAAGGCAUCGUUCGUACAACCCUCUAUAAAGAUACCUUUAGGUUUGCAGGAUUAACUGUGAAGCAUAUGCCCUUUGGUGGUGCGUACGAUAUGAAACAUUUUAAUAAAGGAUUUGAUGGCUAUCUUGGUCUCGGUAGAAAUGUUGACCUUGAUCCACCACAUAAACAUCAUUCAAAGCGUGAUCUUAGCGAUUCUGGCUUUAUUCCUAAUGCUUAUCAACAAAGUACUGGGUUAACAAGUGCACAGUUUGGUAUGUACACUACUAUUUCAAGUGGUAGUGGCUUCUCUGAUUCUGGCUUCUCUGAUUCUGGUUCUUCAUCAUCCAAUUCUGGUCCUACAUCAUCUAAUUCUGGCUCUGUGUCAUCCAAUUCUGGUUCAUCCAGUUCUGGUUCAUCCAAUGUAACACCAGGUGGUUUUGGUGUUUUAAAGCGUUGUGUAAAUCAGCCUGCUGGUUAUCUUGUUAUUGGUGGUGUUGAUUAUAAUGCUAUCAAAGGAGAUUUGUAUUAUGUCAACAUUGACGAUAAGAAAUCUAAGACUGGUAGUUGGGAAGUUCCUGUAACAGCUUUCAAGUUCAAAAAUGACCUUCGUUUCAAUGUGAGUCAUAACGCAAAGGCUGUUUUCAGUUCAUCUACAGAUGUUAUUGGAUUACCAAAUAAGCAAGCCGAGAUAUUUAGAAAGCAUUGGUAUGCUGAAUACGAUGAACCAGAUAAUACUUUUAAAAUCCCUUGCUGCUUAAUGGAUCACCUCACUUCUCUCCAGAUUACAUUUGGUAAUGUAAAAGCGACUGUUCCUCCUGGAUAUUGGAGUAGACCUCGUAAAGUGAACACUUGUUGCGAAAUGUGCCGUACUCAUAUUGGUAAGAGUGACUCGGACACUGAUUAUGUCAUUGGAUCAGCUUUCACCAAUGCUUUUUAUACACAAUUUGAUAUGAGCGACAAUAAAAUUGGCUUGGCUAUUAAGAAGCAUCAAGCUAAUAAUGGACUUAAACUAUGUAAAGUUUAAAAUAAAAUCGCAUGAUAUAAAAACAAAACCAAUAUAGGUAUAUAUACACAUAUAAAAAUCUAUCUAUUUCCACUCUCACUAUAGAUCAUUAAAGAUGCAUACUUCCAAUGUUGAAAGAGUUACAUUAUUUAAUUCCUUUUGUUUUGUACUACUCAACUAUUCUACAAAGAUAACAAUAUAUAAUAAUAAUAAAAAUAUGUACUCUUCCC